AUGGGCUCCCACAGCUCCCGCGCCGCGAUCAUCCCCGGCGUGGAGGACAUCCAGCGGGAGACGGGCUUCUCCCAGGCCAGCCUGCUCCGCCUCUACCACCGGUUUCGAGCCCUGGACAGCAACAAGAAGGGCUACCUGAGCCGCGUGGACCUGCAGCAGAUAGGGGCGCUGGCUGUGAACCCCUUGGGCGACCGCAUUAUAGACAGUUUCUUCCGUGAUGGGAACCUGAAGGUGGAUUUCCGGGACUUUGCCCGCGUCCUCGCUCACUUUCGGCCAGUGGACGAGGAGAACUCGGGGAACCGCAAUCCGGAGGAUCCCGAACCCCUCAACAGCAGGACCAGCAAACUUCUCUUCGCAUUUCAACUUUAUGACCAGGACAGAGAUGGGAAGAUCUCAAGGCACGAGAUGCUGCAGGUUCUCCGGCUGAUGGUUGGGGUGCAGGUGACAGAUGAACAGCUGGAGAGCAUCACUGAUCGCACAGUGCAGGAGGCAGAUGAGGAUGGAGAUGGGGCUGUGUCCUUCCUGGAGUUCACCAAGUCUGUAGAGAAGAUGAACAUCGAGCAGAAAAUGAGCAUCCGGAUCCUGAAGUGA